AUGAUAAAAGAAAUAACUAGAUCAAGAAGAAAGUCAGGUGGAGACAACUGGGAUUACAGAUGAAGCUAUUUGACUUCUUGAAUAUCUGAAAAUAGGAAUUUGGGAUCGGAAGGAAGGAAGCAAAGAGAACCAUUAAGUAUAAAAUAUAAUUGGAAUCAGUAUAUUACAAGAAUUGGGAGAGAAGUUCAUAAGGCGAUAUUGCUGUUUGUUAUACUAAAUGAAGGGAACGGUUUCCAUAUAUCUAACAAAACUCACAAAGAUCUCGCGAUUGACUAUAUUUUUAGGCUUAAGGGCUGGAUUGAACUCAAUUGCAUAUUCUCGGAGCCUAAGGCAUCUAACCCAAGCAAGUGUAUGCGAGGGUGAUGGAUGGUGAAGGGAGGAUGAAGUUCAUAUUAUUGAUGAUUGCUGCUCAUGUGAAAGUUAUAG